CGGAGCCCAUCCUGGGCUGCCGCGGCGCUUCUACUUCCUGCCGGAGGACAUCGCCCUGGCCGAGCUCUUUGGCAACAUGCCUGGUGGUGGAAACGGUGGAAAUGGAGCGGCAAGCAAAGCUGCGCAACCAAUGCCGCCUGCAGCAACUGCUGCGUUGACGGCCAAUGGAGAUGGAGGAGCACCUGGGCAACAGAGCUAUGAACGCGGCCUUGACUCAGGCCUUGCAAAAGCAGCUCCAUCAGCUCAGGAGCUUAGUCAAAAGACCUACCGGUCUUUCAGAAGGAGACUGGACCUGUUCUCACGACAAUGUCGGCGACGGGGGACAUCAGUGGCUGUGGAGGGCGCUUUCUUGGUGCUUUCUCAGCUACAAGAUGUGGCUUGGGAUGCUUCUGAGAGCAUCGACUACGACGACAUCGAGCUGGCGGACGACCCCUUCAAGCCCAUUGUACCAAGGUGCCAAGAAUUCUUUGAGCAGUUCCAACGAGAACGCCAAGAAGAGCUACAAGCCUACUUGGUGAGACACGCCACCAUGCUGAAGAAGCUCAAGGACUUGCAGGUCGACGUCCCACCUCUGCUUGCAGGAUGGCAUCUCUUGACGAGAUCGGGGGUGCCGCGGUGGACACACCCACAGGUCAAAGCUGUGUGCAAUGGAAAUUUGACCGUGGAGGGUGUUGCAAGAUCCCUGACUAGAAUGUUUGGCGGUGACAGCAAGCCCAAUGCAAAGGACACCACCUUCCGCAAUGACGUCCACAUGGUUGACAACGACAUGGCUGAGGACGAGGCCUAUGAGACCUACUACUAUGACGACGAAGAGGCAUAUGAGAUCUACUACAACCAUGACGAGGAUGACUACAUGGAUGAUGCCUACUACCAGGACACUGUGGCCGACGAAGAGAUCCCUCAGGACCUCGACGAGGCAACGUUGGUGGUUGAGGAUGCCUACAUCAACUACUUGGACAGCCGUCGCAAGAUGAGGGAACUAGCUCUCUCCCGUGGGUUCUACCCGGUGGUUGCCAUCGACAUGAGUGACAACUACGGCAAGGGUGGUGGUAAAUCCUAUGGGAAAGGCCGCAACUCUGGCGGUGGGGGCAAAUCCAAAGGAAAGUCAAAAGGCAAAGGUGGUGGCAAGAGCAAGGGCAAGGGCAGUGGCAAUAGUUUCAACCAACCACUUCCUGGAGCCCGACGUUUUGUCUUUGGCCGGAAGUCACCUUCCGAAGGUGGAUCCACAUCAGCGACAUCGACAACGGCACGAUCAACGACGAGUGGGAGUACCUCACACCAUGGUCCUCGAUUCAAGCGAUAUCGGUUGCCCGCAUCUGGCAUCAAAGAAGUCCCAGAUGAGGCAAACAUGGUCGAAGAGCCAUAUGGCGCUACGCCAAUCCCAGGAGAAUUCAACCAGCAUGAAGAGAUCAACUACGUCUCCCAAGGAGCUGGUUGGGCAAUCAUGGAUAGCGGUGCAACUCGCACUGUUUGUGGUGAAGCAACCUGUGAAAGGAUCAGCAAGUACCUGACCAUGCGUGACCUUGAAGCUGAAGUUGUUCGAGAUUCAAGGGAUUUCAGGUUCGGUGAUGGGGUCACUGUGCGAUCUCACUACUGUGCCAGGACACCAGUUUGUGUUGGCAAGACCUGGAGAGAUCUGGUGAUUCAUGUGCUGCCCGGUCACACACCUUUACUUCUUGCACGACCUGAUCUGGAAGCUUGGAACGUCAUGGUGGACUACGGCAAGAAGAUGAUCUACAUCGACGGUGUGGAGAUCAAACCUGUCUUGACGGCCAACGGGCACUACAUGAUCAACAUCUUUGACGACUUGCAGGAUGUCUUGCAGAUCAACGACCUCUUUGUGAAGAAUGACGACGAUGAACAGGUGUUCUUGGACAGUGUCAUCACCGAGCAGAUCUCUGACGAGGAGAUGGACUUGGAAGUUGAUGUCGGUGAAGACAUGAUCGACCAAUGUGUGUUCAGCGCUGUCGAGAAGAGCAAGCUGAGCGACAGAAAACUGAAGUUCUGGGAAGUCUACGUCGACGAAGGCAACCUGGGCAAGUAUCUGAUCAAGAACUUCCCCGACGUGGAGGUCCAUCAAUUCUCCCUUCCACAAUGGAACUUUGAAUGCAGGGAAGCUCAACGAGACUUCCGCAAAAUGCUGGCUGAGGAGAAACCUCACCAUGUGCUCAUGGCACCAGAAUGCCGUCUGUGGUCUCCCAUGCAGAACAUGAACUACAAGACUCCCGAGCAGAAGAAACUCCUGCAGGACAUGCGAAACCUGGAAGAGGAGACGCACUUGAAGUUCUAUGAGAACGUCCACAACGAUUGCAAAGCAAUCCAUGCUGACUGCACUCUGGAGCAACCAGCUGACGCUAUGUCUUGGAAAACUGACACACUCCAGCGGGUGAAGGGCUACUUUGAGACCGUCCUGGACAGAUGCCGAACUGGACUUAAGAUGAUGGGCCGUGGAGCAGUUUUGAAGAAGAUGCAAAACUACGAGCCCGACAUGGUUCGACGAAUGGGCAACGCCAUCUACCAGUCCAUGGAGGAAAUCUGGAUCCGACGUGGCCAAGCUGACCUCAUGAUGCUCGACAUGGUGGAGAAAUCCAACGAAGAGAUGCAGUACUUGGAGCAGAACAAGGAAUUGGUCAAGAUUGGUGGCACCGAAGUUCUCAAGUCGGUGGCCUUACUGCAUCGACAGCUUGGACACCCCAAUGGAUCCAAGUUGGCAUUAGCUGCCAAGGUCAGACACAUGCCUGACGAGUAUGUGCAAGUGGCUCGACGCUACAAGUGUCCUCAGUGCCUAGCAAAGGCGAAACCAAAAUGUGUGAAGGUUGCAACUCUUCACAAAAGCCCACACUUCAACCACACUGUGGCUUUGGACACCUUCUACCUGGAGUGGGACAAGGAGAAAAAAGCAGUUUUGUCCAUCUUGGAUGAGUUCAGCCGAUACGAGGUUGACUGCGAGAUCAAAGAAGAAACAGCCGAGAUGGAGAUUGGCUUGUUUGAGUCGGUGUGGUCGAAAUCCUUCGGCUACCCCAAGGUGCUUCGACUGGACGCUUCUGGUCCCCAUCAAGGUGAAGCCUAUGCAGAUUGGGCAUCAGCACACGGCAUCCGACUUGAACUCAUUCCUCGUGGAGCUCAUCACAGACUUGGCAUCCUGGAACGCAACCAUGCAGUUCGCAGGAAGAUGCUCGAGGUCUUCAAGCAGGAGAUGCCUGACUGCACCUUUGACAAGGCUCUUCAAGUCACAGCUCAUCAACGAAAUCGGCUCAGCUCAGUGAAAGGGUCAACGCCUGCCACUUUGGCAUUUGGCUAUGUUCCAUCUGAAGGUGGAAACAUGGACGAACCUGGUCCUGAAAGCUUUGGAGAUCAAGCCGAUCUACCUCGGAUCUUGGAGGUCAAGCAGAAGGCCGCCAUUGCCUUUCACAAGGCGAACCAAGACUUGGCACUUCGUGCUGCAGCUCUGGCUCGGUCUCGAGUCAAGGAGGAUGAACUCAUGGUGGGGGACUAUGUCUUCUACUGGAAGCCUCAGACUCACAAGCUUGAUCCUUUCCGAUGGAGAGGCCCCUGCAUGGUCAUUGCAGUGGAGGCCGCUAUGGAUCGGGCCAACAUGAUCUACUGGAUCGUCCAUGGAAGCUCUUUGGUCCGUGCCACGAGACAGCAGCUUCGACAUGAAACUGUCCCUGAACGAUAUGAACGACAACUCCGACCUGGAGCUGAAAAUGAUCUCCAACGACCCAUGGCUGAGCGAGUUCUUCAAGCUCUCCGUCCUGUGCGUGGGCCAGUGCGCGGGUUGGACUUAGCCGCCAAGGCCCAGACUCCUGAUGAUUUCCCUUCUUUGGGGGGACACGAUUCCACUCACGCUUCAUCAAUGCCGGCACCUACUACCACUUCAAUGCCACCUCAUGAACCGGCUGAUCCACCAAAAACGGCCGAAUCUGAAGAUGAGGAAGAACAUGAAACCGGCGAGGGCGUGGUCAAGAAGAAGAAGAAACGAAGAAAGCACAGAGACAAGGAGAAGCACAAGGCUGAGAUGAGAACGGCUGCAAUGGCUCGUGAGCAAUUCCCGACUGGAGGAGAUUCACCCUUUGGACUUGGAUUUGGGGCAGAACUUCCGGAAGGGGAAACAGAGCAAGCCGAAGAUGAUCAGGCGGUAGCGCCUGAAGAUCUCAUGACUGAUGAACAGAAAACAAUGAAGGAGGUGAUGAGACAGAUCAACCCAGAUGCCCUGGAGGCUCGAAACGACAUUGCCGAGAACCCCUCCGUCAACGACCCUGGAGGAGAUGACCGUGCUCGAGAGCGACGGGACUAUGAAAGGGCAAUCCGACUGGCUGGUCAACUCUCUGACAAUCAAGCUCGACGACUUGAUGGCCUACCACCUCGUGCUCAUGACGGGCAACCUCAACAGAAGCAAGCCAGGACUGAAGAGAUCCGCAUGGUCGAGAUCGCUCAAGAAGAGAUCCUGCAGACGGUGGUCGAAAGCCGUCUGAGCCCUGAAGAGCGCAAGACGUUUGUCGAGGCCAAGAGAAAAGCUUUGGCACCCUGGACUGAGAAUGACGCCUGGCGACCGGUGGACAGAUCUCGAUGCCCCAAAGGCACACUGGUUCCCAUGCGCUUUCUCUUGCGCUACAAGGAGAACAAGCCCCAUGCGAGAGUCAUCCUGCAAGGCUUCAAGCACAAAGACGUGGUGGAGUCCAAGCUCGACACUGAGUCACCAACACUCUCAAGGUUGGGCAAGUAG